UGUUGUAUUUUUAAGUUUUUGUUUUUCGUUGAAUUUCCAAUUCAACUUUUAUUUUUUAAUUUAAUUAAAAUAAUAAAUUAUUAUUAUUAUUCGCUCUCUUUUUAUCUUCUCCCUCUCACUGUCUAGCUUAGACCUCAGAUUCCUUUCUCCGCUUAAGCAAUCCAUUUCUUUCUCUUCAUUACAUUGCGUUCAAUCUGUUCGCAGAAAUUUGUUUCUGUUUCCUGCUAAGAAGAUAAUUGAUGGCCAUGGAUGCUUCAAAGGAUGCCUCGCCAAAGGAAUUGCCACUUGGGUUUGACGCAAGUACUGAGGAAGAGUAUGCUUCCCAGUCCAAGCUGCUUCAAGAGUUCACAAGUAUCCCCUGCAUUGACAACGCAUGGACUUUUAAGUCUAACAGCACAUUUGGCGCAGGAAUGGGCUCCCAGGCAAUGUUUUCAAUUAGCCAGGCAAAUCUUUUGGCUAACAAGAGGAGGAAAUACAUUCUAUCUGCGAGCAUUUCAAAAGAAAGUAGCAGUUCAGUUAACUUUCAGUGGGCCCCGUUUCCCAUUGAGAUGUCAGGGGUGUCUACGAUAGUUCCAUCGCCAUCAGGUUCAAAGCUUCUCGUAGUUAGGAAUCCUGAAAAUGAAUCUCCCACUCAUUUUGAAAUCUGGAGCCAAGGUCAGGUAGAAAAGGAAUUCCACAUCCCACAAUCUGUUCAUGGUUCAGUAUAUAUUGAUGGAUGGUUUGAGGGAAUAUCUUGGAACUGUGAUGAAACUCUCAUUGCUUAUAUUGCUGAGGAACCAUCUGCCGCCAAGCCUACUUUCUGUGGUCUAGGCUACAGAAAAGGCAGUGCUACUACAGAUAAGGACAGUUGUAGCUGGAAAGGUCAAGGAGAAUGGGAGGAGGAUUGGGGAGAGACCUAUGCAGGAAAAAGGCAGCCUGCGCUUUUUGUCAUUAACACCAGCAGUGGAGAGGUACAACCUGUUAAAGGAAUUGCCAAGUCUUUGAGUGUUGGCCAAGUUGUGUGGGCUCCAUCAACUGAUGGCUCGAAUCAGUAUUUAGUUUUUGUGGGUUGGUCAUCAGAUCCUAGAAAGCUGGGCAUAAAAUACUGCAGCAAUAGGCCCUGUGCAUUGUAUGCAGUUCAAGCACCAUUUUAUAAAUCAGAGGCCAAUUAUUUUGAAUUCAAAGGUAGUCCUAUUGAAGGUUCACCUGUACUCAAACUAACUCAAAGUAUAAAUAGUGCCUUCUUUCCAUUGUUCAGUCCAGAUGGAAGGUUCCUUGUGUUUUUGUCUGCAAAAAGUUCUGUAGAUUCUGGGGCACAUUCAGCAACCAAUUCACUUCACAAAAUUGAUUGGCCAGUUAAUGAACAGUUGAGCUUGCCUGCAAAAGUUGUUGAUGUGAUUCCUGUUGUGCAGUGUUCAGAGGAUGGUUGUUUCCCUGGGCUCUAUUGUUCUGGGUUUCUUAGAAAUCCAUGGCUUUCUGAUGGAUGCACUAUGAUGUUAUCUUCAGUAUGGGGCAGCAGUCAAGUUUUACUUUCUGUGAAUGUGAUAAGUGGUGAUGUAAAACGCAUUACUCCUACUGAUUCAAAAUUUUCAUGGAACAUUCUUGCUCUAGACAGGGACAACAUUAUUGCUGUGUCUAGCAGUCCAGUAGAUGUGCCUAAGAUUAGGUAUGGUUGUCUUGUUGAGAAAGCAACUAAAAAUGCCACAUGGAGUUGGUUAGAUGUAUCAAGCCCAAUAGUUAGUUGCUCUAAGAUGGUGAGAUCCUUGCUCUCAUCUCGUCAGUUUGAUAUAUUGAAGAUCCCAGUCAAGGAUGUUUCCAGCUGCCUAACAAAAGGAGCUGGCAAACCUUUUGAAGCUAUAUUCGUGUUCAAUUCCAAGGAGAAUGGCGCUUGUGAUCCACUAAUAGUAUUGCUUCAUGGAGGGCCAAAUGACGUCUCAGUGUCAAGUUUCUCAACGUCUUCGGCAUUUCUCUCUUCAAUAGGUUACAGCUUGUUGAUUGUAAAUUACAGAGGUUCAUUAGGAUUUGGCGAGGAAGCAUUACAAUCUCUUCUGGGGAAAGCUGGGUCCCAGGAUGUCAAUGAUGUACUUACAGCUAUAGAUCAUGUCAUUGACAGGGGUCUUGCUAGCCCCUCUAGCAUAGCUGUGCUUGGUAUUUCCCAUGGUGGCUUUCUCACCACACACUUAAUUGGCCAGGCACCUGAUAAGUUUGCAGCAGCAGCUGCGAGAAAUCCUGUUUGUAAUCUAGCAUCAAUGGUUGGUACAACAGAUAUUCCUGAUUGGUGCUAUGUGCAAGUAUAUGGGACCAAGGGGAAAAAUAAAUUUACAGAAGCAGCUUCAACUGAGGACCUGGCUCUCUUUCACAGCAAGUCUCCUAUAUCACAUGUUUCAAAGGUCAAAGCACCGACAAUCUUUCUUUUAAGUGCUGAGGAUCUUCGUGUUCCGAUGUCUAAUGGCUUCCAAUAUGCACGGUCAUUGAAAGAGAAAGGAGUAGAGGUCAAAAUCUUCAUGUUUCCAAAUGAUGUUCAUGCAAUCAAGAGACCGCAGUCUGACUUCGAAAGCUUCCUUAACAUUGGGGUGUGGUUCAAGAAAUACUGCAAAUGAACAUUUCGGAUUGGGGAUCAUGCCGGUGGAUUAUUAAUCAUUACAGAAAUUUCAAUAUAAAUUCCGCUUGUAAACUAUUUCCUUAGCUUGAUCAAGCCCGUCCUUUAUGCCACUCUCCUCCUCACUGAGGAAGAUUGUCAUUCUUAAUAUUGAUCAUGAUUAUUUUUUAGAGCCAAUUAUAUUAAAAAAAAAAAUGAAAGGAUCUAUUUUCUGAUUA